AUGCUCAACGGAACUGGGCGUGCCGCAGUGAAGGAUGAGGACGUGACGCAGGAAGCCGAUGACGGCGGGCUCGGGGCAGUGCCUAUUCAAUGGGCAGAGUUUGCUGCAGACAAUCAGUUCUUACUCAAGAUGCACGUGGAGGACUUCAUCCCACACUUCAAAGUCAAGGCCGCCCACGCCCAGACGGGCCAGCCCAAGCAGUUCAAGGUGCAGACAAUGCACAACGCGCUCGCAGUCCGCCCGUUCGCGGACAAAUCGAGCAUCGCCGCAGUCAAUAGAGCCAGGGGGCAGCUUCAAGGCGAUGGAUUGAGGGGGCCGACCAAGCCGCCAGCAAUCUCGGAGCUGAAGUUUCGACAGGUGUUCCACAACCGCGACCACGCGCUGGGACUAGCUAUGGCUCGGAAGAAGCCAGCCGCGAAGGUUGGAGGACCUCAGGCUCGGAAGCAGAAAGUCAUCGAAGCGUUGACCGGCACCGGCGCUAACACAGCGUCAGCGGCAUAUGACGAGAUGGCCGCCAAGCAUGGACCUGAUUUCCAAAGCUUGGUCUUCUCCACAUCCCAGAACAUGCUUGGACGUGAACUUCGCAAGCUCUUCGCGAAGCGCAGAACCAGCUGGACGAAGGAGCACCAAGCACGUACCCCAGCGGCAAAAGGCCCGGCAGCUACCAAGGCAGGGAAGGACACCUCAGAGGAGUUCAUUCCAACAAUGUCGCUGGCAAGUGGCGACUGGUCGACACACGUCAGCAGCGAGCCCAGAAAGAAGAACGACGACACGUACGAGAGCACGGUGAGCUGGCACGACCCAUGCAUGGCAAGCAAAUGGUGCUCGGCACUGGACCAGCAGAGGCAGGCGAUCCCCAUCGCGAUCAUCGGCUUCGGCGAGCCUGACCCGACUUGCGCGCAUGCAAUCCGCCAGGCGCCCGUGCUCCGAGCGGGGGCAGGGGGGGGGGGGCCAAAUAUGACUUUCCUCAAGGGGGCCAUCUACCAGUUCGGGCAGGGCGAGGCGACCUGCCAGAACCACACUGCCACGGUCCAGGCCCCCGCAGACGACCAGCUGGCAGCCGCGCACCGCGUCGCCAUCUACGAAAGGGAUGUUGCGCACGCGAAACCCGACACCAGCCAGCUCUUUCAGGCGCAGUUCUCGGGGGCAGCGCCCAUCCUGUCACAGCGCGGCAACCAGGGCGUUCUUGGAGCAGACAAGAAUGCUCGCUACAGGCACGCAAAGAAGUCGGAGGCACGGGUCGGGUUGGAUGACCAGCUCAGGGAGCAGUUCACGAACGUCAUCCACACAAUCAAGCCUGGCGCCAAGCUCCUCGAACAACCAUCGGAGAUGAUGCGCGCGGGGACGGCAAAGGAGUUGGCCAUCGAGGUCAGGGGCAGUGCGGCGAGCCGAGCACGCCAGAAGUUUCGCAUCGACCACAUCCAGCCCAACAUGGCAUCCAAACCACAGAUCCAAACGGCGGCGGCGGACUUGCGCUGGCUGUGCGAGGUAGCCAACGCCGGGCACGACAGCAGGGAGCAGAGCUACUACGCCAUAGUGAAGGCCGGCGCCACGCCCGAUAGAUCGAUCAAGAGGUUGACGGGGACACUGACGGAUCUAAACUGGAAGUGGCCUGAGCCCAACAUCAUGCACGCCGAGAAGGGCACAGAGCUGGACCAGCUUGAGUGCCCUAAGGGCCAUCUGCAUCACGAGCUGAGGAUCUCGCAGCGCCGAUGGCUCCAGAAGCAGAUCCCCGCCGCCAGGGGCGACUUGGGCAUGCUGGUUACCUGCCCGGUGCACCCCGACGCCUACGACUGCACGUGGCUGCUGCGCCCCAAGAGCAUCCUGAAUUGGUUGAAUCCCGACGUAGACUCAGUCUUGACCCAACCCGACGACCACGACCCCGCCCACAACAAGCUCCAGAGGCCAGCGAUGAGCACGAUAGAGAGGACCCUGAGCACCCAGAUGUGCGGGAGCGGACCGCCCUCGGAGUACAGGCUCCUGGAGUGGACGCCCGGGGUGGGAGCCGUGCCGGGUCGUGGGUUUCCAAUCAUCUAUGGAACCGCUUGGAAGAAGGAGAAAACGGAUGAGCUAGUCGUCAAGGCUGCACGGGCGGGCUUCCGUGCCUUCGACACGGCCGCCCACCCGAUGCACUACAAUGAGAGCCUGCUUGGGGCGGCGCUCAACUCCGUGCUUGAGGACAAGUCUUUCAAGAUCGGCCGCGAGGACCUGUGGAUCCAGACCAAAUUUACGCCCGACGCUUGCAACAAGCAGCCGAAGGAGCAUCACCCCUACGACAAGGAUGCUGGGAUCUCCACACAGGUCCGGCAGUCUUACGCGUCCUCGUUGCGGCGGCUUGGACUCACGUAUGUCGACUCAUACCUCUUGCAUGCUCCCUACCCGACGAACGCGAAGACACUGGAGGCAUGGCGAGAAAUGGAGAACAUUUACGACGAGAGCAAGGGCAAUACGAUGCUGGGGAUCAGCAAUGUCAAUUUGGGCCAGCUGCGCAACCUGAUGAAGGACGCCCGAGUGAAGCCAGCGUUUGUGCAGAAUCGAUGCCUUCAAAAAGAUAACUACGACCACGACCUCCGUGCCUUCUGCAAUGAACACGGAAUUAGCUACCAGGGAUUCUGGCUCCUUACUGGCAACCGCCAUGUCACAGGAGACCCUGGCUUCGGGCGCCUUGCCAAUGCGCUUGGUCGCGACAAAAGCCAGGUCUUCUAUAGGUUCUUUUUUCAGCGUCUCGGUGUGAUCAUCCUGUCAGGCACGAAGAGCGAGGCCCACAUGCGGGACGACCUGCAGCUGGACCAGUUCAGCCUGAGCGAGGCGCAGGAGCGGGAGAUACGCGAGCUCGAGGCUCCCAGGUUCACCGACGCGGACAAGGUGACCGUUACGGUGACGAACCUGUUCGCCGACAGCCUGCACCUCUUCUGGAGAAACCCCGACACCUCCGCUCUGGUGCCGCAGGGCGAGGUCGCUCGUGGCAGGUCCACGAGCAUCACGACCCGCCACACGCACCUCUUCGAGGGGAAGGUCGGCGAUGCCGUCAAGUUCCUGUGGCGGGCCGACCGGGAGAAGGGCGAGUCCCAGACGGUGUUCGCCCGGCCGAACGUGGACGCCACCUUCAGGAACCAGGGCACCGAGGCGUUGAGCGUCGUCUGGCGGAAGGCGGACACCGGCGAGGAGGCUUCGCAGGGCGACGUGGCGCCCGGCAAGAGCUUGGAGGUCUCCACGUACCUCGGGGAGCACUUCGUGGUCAGGACUGCUGGCGGGAAGGAGGUCCUCCUGUGGGAGGCGCAUCUCGAGACCCCUGGCAAGCAGGUGGUCGACCUGGGGCUCUCGGGAGCGCGCUCCGGUGAGCUGUGACGGCCAGCCUAACGGCUGCCGCAGGCAGGCAGGGCAGCGGGGAGCCCACCGUGAGUAGGCCAGAUUGUGCUCUUGCCGUCCCCUCUGCUUGAAUAGCAACCGACGGAAGAACCUACACCACUUUUCCAUGACUCUGCAAGAGGCUCGCACUGUGGUUUCACUCGUGCCUUAUUGCGCUCGGAUGGGCUUCGGCGCCGACCCACGAGAUUCGCGCGGUCCUCCAAACGUCUAUGCUUAUACCGUUGUUGAUCCUCCACCAACGGUGAUGUUUGAGCCUGCUUCGCUGAUGGGACAGCAGACUUCUUCUGCGCCUGGGACGGGCCAGUUCUCAUACUAGUACUGCCCAAUCCUUUCGGAUUUGACGCGCUACUGGCUGGCACUGCCGUCACCCUGUGAUUUGUUGCGCGCUGCUAUUCUGAUCAAGGGCGGG